AUGGCUGUGCUUUACGCAAGUGUAUUCGCAUACAGUGGUCCCGAUACUUUACAUCUCGUAGGCCGGGAUUGGGGCGUUCAACCGGCUUUUGCUCCCGGAAAUGAAGUCGAUGUGGGACUGCUCCAAUACAAACAUCUGGAUGCCAAUGCAGCGCGCACUUCAAGCGGUAAAACCACCAGAAAAGAAGCACCAUAUUUCAGAAGGGGAAUGGCUAGUAGAGUCGUUUACGAUGAUGAAUUCGGAGACACAGUCAGGAAAUCCAAUCAAGUCACGGAUCCUCAACCAAUGAACCAUGCGUACGCUUCUUUCGUUAAAUCGCUCAUUGGCGCCAUCUAUCUUCACGCUGGUCGCGCCGCAGCAAAAACAUUUAUUCAACAACAUAUCCUCUCCCGUCACCUCGACAUCUCCAAGCUCUUCCAAUUUUCGCAACCGGUGCGCGACCUCGCCCGUUUAUGCGCACGAGAAGACUUCGAAGCCCCCGUUGCCAGAAUCCUAAGUGAAACAGGUCGACUUAGUAGAAGUCCAGUCUUCGUAGUUGGAAUAUACAGUGGGAGAGACAAGUUAGGGGAGGCACCAGGUGCGAGUUUGGAUGAGGCGAGGAUCAGAGCUAGUGUUGCCGGUUUGAAGGCCUGGUAUCUUUAUAGUCCGGGACAGAAGACUUUGCCGAGCGAUAUGGAAGUUGCGAGCGGGGGAAAGGAAGGGGAAAAGAAGUGGGAGCCUGUACAUGUGGACAUGGGGGAAAUUGUUGCAUAG